AACUUUUCAAAUUACAGAGCAAGAUUUUGGAUGCCAGGAGAUGAGAACAAACAAAUGUAUUACAGGUAAGAUGGCUCACAAAGUGAUAUCUCAUGAAAUUUUGUAUUUAAAUUCUGUUGUCAAGAGACAAUUAUUUUAGAUUCAAACUGUAUGACCUUUCAUUCAUUUAUAAAGCUAAUAUUUCCAACUUGAAUAUGACGCCAUCUUGAAAAUGGUUUUAGAAUAAUUCUUAAGCAUGAUUAUUCCCCCCCCCCCACCCCCAGCUUUACAAUGGGACCAGUUCGAUUCAUCUCUGUGGCCACUGAAUUGUUAUUCUACCCUGAAUAUGGCGUGCAACCCAUGUUUGAUCAUUACAACUGGCUGGAAAAGGAGCUUAAUGUAAGUAGUUCAUUGAUGAUAUUUGAAAGAGAUCUUGUUUCUCCUUUUAUGAAAGUAUAAUUUAGACCAUGUACGGUAUUUUAAAAGCAUUAUUGUAAUGUAAACAAAGAUUAUAAUGACAUUAGUGUGUGUAAGUGAAAUUAUUCGUUGGCCUUCUUGUGUCAGUGAGAAACACAUUUUACCAAGUUUGAUGGGGGCUGAACUGUUCGGAUUGGGAUCCACUGUUGCAAUAUUAAAUUCAAAAAUAAUUUCUUAAUACCUUGCAUGAUCAUUAUCUUCAUUGAUUGUAAACAUAUUUUUUUUCUUUUAAUAUAAUCGUCUGUGUGUUCUAGACUUGCACAUUUUAUUGAACCAAUUUGUUGAGAAUCAAAUACUAAUGAUAUACCUUUUCAGGAUUCCAACCUGCCAGAGAAUCGUGCCAAGCAGCCCUGGGUCAUCACCUUUGGCCACAGACACAUGUAUUGCUCUAAUAAUGAUAAUGAUGACUGUACACAUCAUGAGAGUCUUGUGAGUAAUUUUUAUGAUUAA